UGUGGAGAAAGAGCAGCUGUCAGCAGAGGACCGUAUGGCAAGGAGGGCUUUCUGAGAUUCUAUAAUCAACCAAGAUUGUUUUGCUGCUGUUUGCUGUUUUCGCCCUGCUUUGUUUUUAAAGUUUCAAAGGAUAGGCAGGUGACAAUUCAUCUUGGCACCACCAUCUGCAACCAUGCUUCACUCUCCCUCUCCACUGAAAACUGCACUGGCAUAUGAGUGCUUCCAAGAUCAGGCCAAUUCAACUUUAGCUUUGCCUUCGGAUCACAAGUUGAAAACUAGAGGGACAGGAAAACAAAGGGUCCAGGAACAGGUGAUGAUGACCGUGAAACGGCAGAAGCAAAAGUCCUCCCUUUCAUCAGCAUCAAAUGUGGCAGGUCACUCCAACCGAGGUUCCAUAUAUGAUGGUCUGUCUGAUGGUUACAACUAUGGAACAGCCCGUGGUAGCUACUAUGCCAAAGCCCACACAGGAACCAACAACUGGGGCCAUGCGAUGUACAAUGGAACUCUCAAAAGAAACGCAGCUGAGAACAAACGCUACAGCUCCUACAGCCAAAUGGACAGUUGGGGUAGCAGGCAUUAUAACAAGGCCUGCAGCCCUACAAUUCCUGGCAGUGACUACUGCUUUGUGCAGAACAUGAAGAGUAGCCGGAGUGAGCCAGACCUCUACUAUGACCCUCCACGAAGCACACUGAGGAGGAAUCAGAGUGGAAGUCGGGUGAGUCACAAGGCCAGUCUGCAUCGUCACAGCCUCCACAGCACAUGCAACAACCAGGAAGGAAUUACAACCAUCACAAGGCCAAGCAAGAGAGUUCCAGUCCGCAGCCCCUCUUGUACUUCUGCUAACAAGCAAGAUGCAGUCUAUGCCCAGCCUGUAGCCAGCAAGCCUGAUGCAGUCUAUGGACAAGCUCGCUCCAGCUCCAAAAUAUGCCAUGAUGAAGUGGAUUAUGGAACAAUGACCAUCCAGAAAGCCAUUCAACUUCUGUGUUCCUCAGAUGAGAAGAACCACGCCAUGGGUGCUUUCUACCUCCAGCACACCUGUUUUCAAGAUGAAUCUGCCAAGCAAGAGGUUUACCGACUUGGUGGCAUUGCCAAGCUGGUUGAACUUCUCCGCAGCUCAGAUGAGAAUGUGCAGCAGGCUUCAGCUGGAGCCCUUCGAAACUUAGUUUUCAGAAACCCAACUAACAAAUUAGAAACCCGCCGGCAGAAUGGAAUUCGAGAGUGUGUGAGUCUCCUGAGGAGGACUGGGAACACCGAAAUACAGAAGCAGCUGACAGGAUUGCUCUGGAACCUGUCCUCCACUGAUGAAUUGAAAGAAGAUUUGAUACAUGAUGCUCUUCCAGUUCUGACUGAUCGUGUUAUUAUACCUUUUUCUGGGUGGUCCGAUGGUAUUAGCAAUAGAUCAAGAGAAAUUAUUGACCCAGAAGUUUUCUUCAAUGCCACUGGCUGUUUAAGGAACCUGAGUUCUGCAGAUGCUGGACGUCAAACCAUGAGAAACUACCCAGGAUUGAUCGACUCUGUGAUGGCUUAUUCCCAGAAUUGUGUGGCAGCUAAUCGGCCGGAUGAUAAGUCCGUGGAGAACUGUAUCUGUAUCCUACACAAUUUGUCCUACCGUCUGGAUGCUGAAGUGCCGAAUAAAUACACCAAUCUUAACCACUUGGCCAGAAGUACUUACACAGACAAAAGCUUGACAGGCUGCUUCAACAACAGAGGAAAGCUGGAGUAUGAUGAAUACAAUCUCCCUCUUCCUGAAGAGGACUAUAAACCCAAAGGUUCCAGCUGGCUAUAUCAUUCAGAUGCCAUCCGCACCUACCUGUCUUUAAUGGAACAGAGCAAAAAAGAUGCUACCCUGGAGGCAUGUGCUGGAGCUCUGCAAAAUCUGACUGCAAGCAGAGGAAUGAUGUCAAACGCAAUGAGCCAACUAAUUGCCUUAAAGGAGAAAGGACUGCCCCGCAUAGCACGGCUCCUGCAGUCUAAUAAUCCUGAAGUAGUCCGAUCUGGAACAUCUCUACUGAGCAACAUGUCUCGACAUCCUAUUCUCCACAAAACCAUGGCUCAUCAGGUGCUUCCAGAUGUGACUCGCCUUCUCGCCCUCCAGGCUCCAGGUUCUAGCAACUAUGGAGACAUUAUGACAUCAGCUUGCUAUGCCCUGAGGAACCUAAUCAUGUCCAACCCACAGAUGGCCAAGCCCUAUUUGACUGGCAGCUUGAUAAAUAAUGUAGUAGGCCUGUGCCGAAAUGGAUCUUAUCCAAAAGCAGCUGAAGCAGCCCGACUGCUGCUAUCUGACCUCUGGUCAAACAGGGAACUCCAAUCUAUACUAAAGCAGCAAGGAUAUGAUAAGAAUAUGAUGGGAUCUUUAACAGGAAGCACUUUCAGGACUCUGUCUUCCAGAUUCUAAGAAGAGACUUUGUAUGUUUGGAAUGCAGAGCAUGUAACUGGUUCCUGUCUGGAGUCUUCAAUCCUCAAGGAAUUAGUUAGGAUUUUAAAUGUCGUACAGUAUUUUGAAAGUUCAACUAAGUUGUAAAAUUAGGGAUGGAAAUUGUAUUGCCUGACUAUUAAGUAUCUUAAAAUGUUUUAAUGGAUAUUUUAAAUAUAUUUUUCUCUUUUGUCAAAUUG